UUGUAAAAUAUGUAACAAGGGACCCGGAAACCUACUUCCUCUCUAAGGCUAUAAGUGGGAAGGCCGGUAGCGCGAGCUGAGGGCAGCGUUCGGCACGCGCCUCGCCACUGCCACGCGGCUCCUGCCCAACGUUCUUUCCCGCCUCCUUCCCCCCUCCGCAUGCGCAAUGAGGGGCUCUCCGCGCCGCCGCCUCAGCUCAGCGUUAUGCUGCGGCUAUUGUGGGGGCUUCUACGGACUUGCCGGCUCUUGGCGAUGUCGAUGCUGUUGUUGCUGCUGCCUCAGGAACUGGUGGGGGACCGAAAAUGGUGUAAAAUUGAGGAGUUACCAGUGUUUUCCUUUUCUGAGAUCAUCCAUGAACUACCUGGUAAUGCUGUAUAUGAAUGCAAAAACGGUUUUACAAGAUUACCUUCAAAACCAAAUACGACUUAUUGCAUUGAUGGAAACUGGACACCAUUGGAAGACCCCUGUGGUGAAGUCUGCCCCUUUCCACCAAAGCAAACUAGAGCUAAACUAAAAGAUGAGUUUGGAACUUCAGUAUUGUUUCCUGUUGGGAUGGUAGUACACUAUGUAUGUAAGGCAGGAUUUGAACAAGUUCCUGGUAUCUUGAAUACUAUUACCUGUGGUAAAAAUAUGAAGUGGUCACCGCUUGCAAGGUUCUGUAGAGGAAAAACAUGUGAGACACCAACACUAGUAAAUGGUGGAAGUAUUCUCUCAUUUAAUUCAGAAUACACCUUUGGAGCAAGAAUUUUAUAUAUGUGUAUUCAAGGAUACACAAUGAUUGGGAGACGUUGGAACACAUGUGAGGCAAAUGGAAGUGAUGUUCGCUGGAGUAAUCCACCUCCACUUUGUGUGCGAGCUGUAUGUAAAGACCCUCCAGACAUUCCUGGUGGAUCCCACAACGGAACUGCAUCUAUUUAUCCUUAUGGAACAGUGAUCAAAUACAGCUGCAAGGAGACUUUCUCACUCAUUGGAGAACCUAUUAUAUACUGUGAUGUUGAUAAAACUAAUAGACCACUGUGGAGCAGUAAACCCCCGAAAUGCCAAGUGAUUAUAUGUACAGAUCCAGUAGUUCAAGAUGGAAUGAAGAAGAUAAGUGAGUUUAAAGAUUCCUAUACCUUUGGCGGCAAUAUUACAUUUGAAUGUAAAAUUGGAUACUUCAUGAUCGGAAGUUAUUUCAUUCGAUGUGAGGCGAACAAUACUUGGAUCCCUAAAGUGCCAUCCUGCAAAAAGGUUUCUCAAGAUAUUUGUGGUGCUCCAGUAAUUCUAAAAGGAAGUGUGUAUCCACCACAACCUUAUUAUAACCUUGGAAGUAUCAUUUCUGUGCGGUGUGAUAAAAAGUAUUCUUUUCCUGAUGAAACCAUGGAGAUGAAAGCACGGUGCAAAGGCUACAACCAGUGGGAUCCGCCUGUACAACUUUGUUUCUGUAUGUACAAAGCCAGCUCUGUGGUAUUGAGAUUAUCCCCGGACACUGCUAAACUCCAUAUCCUUAAUGGAAUAAUAAAACAAGGGAAAAAAGAAUACUAUUACCCUGGAGAUGAAGUUAUUAUUGAGUGCUAUGCUGGCUAUGUUUUGAAAGGAUCAUCUAAGAUUAAAUACAUUGGUGGGGAAAAAUGGUUGCCUAAUAUUCCACAUUGUUAUCUGAGUAUUUUCCUGAGAGUACUUAUAGCUGGGUGCCUAUUACCUGUAUUGAUUGUUGGAACCAAAAUGGUUUAUCAGAAAUUUUACUUAGAAAGGGCAAGAACAGAGAGCAGAGAGAUGCGGCAGAGCACAACAGCUACCAAAGAACAUAGUUUGCUGCCAAAGAGUAAAGUAGCAGUGGCCAGUCCUAACCUACUCAGCAAUGACCUUUCAAGUGAAACAUCCAAGAGGAUAGCAGUACAAGGAAAAUUGGGCCAUCCCCGCAACUUCAGAAGCAAAUCAGUGUACUAGGGGUGAGGAAGAAAAGUGAAGUGACACACCAGAAUGCCCUCCACUCUCACCAAACUCAGAAAAAGUGGGAGCAAGUCUGCAAGGGCUUGAUGCUUGGGGACUGGGGAGAGAAGCUGCAAUGCAGCAUGCUGGAGUGCUCCCGACAAGGGCUGUUCUGCCAGUGUUGGGACACCACCUCUUGUGCUUCUUCCACCUGACACAGCCACUUCACCCUGCCUCAUGGGCAGACCAGCUCUGUUUAUGACUACUGCCUGUGCUGCCUGGGACUUAUGGAAGCUCUAGUCCAACAACAUCAGGAGGGCACGAUGUUGGAUUCUCCUGAUCUAAAACAAUAAGAUUUCACUGUAAAUUAUGUUUCAGUUCUCCUAUAAAUUACUAUGAAUGACAUCAUAUGUGCUUACUGUAUUCAUAUUUUGAAGUUAAAGUUGCUCCAAAGAAUUCACUUCGCCAUCUUGGCCUCGCAACAGCCCUGGGAGAUAGCUGAAAAAUAGAUGCUUGCCCAUAUCUGCCAAAUGAUCUUCAUUGGCACUUGAUUAAACGAGCACUUCCUAAAAGCUACAAGAGAUAAAUUGUAAAUUUCUGAAGAUAAUUAUACACUUACAUGAAUCAAAGACUUUAAAGUUGAAUUUGUAUUAUAUAUUAAUUUACAAGAAAUAAAGCAUAUACAUGAA